AAUAUUUCUCAUCAUGAUUUUUUUUUAAUCCAAAAACAUGGCAGGCCUAAUAACCGUUCGACUCCCUUUCUGGGAAGUUUUGGAACAUGAAACUUUUGGUAACUCAUGAAACAUGGAAGUUUUGGAAACUCACAGUCCUCAGGCUUAGAUGUUGGAAAGAAGAAGUAAUAUUCUUUAAUAAGGCAUUGGUAAAAUAUUCUCUUUAGAACCAUAAUUGAUUGCAAUUUUGUAAUGUCUACUCAUUUAUACUUCUAUAAUAUUUACCAUGAAAAUGAUGUACUAAAGUGUAUAUUCUUAGCUUAAAUGGUAAUUAUUUUAUUUAAUCAUUAACUCUGAACAAUAACAUAAAUGAAAGUUUGCUCUUUGUACUUCUGUGCAACAACACAGCUCUUCCUGAACUCAUAAAAGCCGUAUGGAAAUAUAACUCUGUUUUAAAUUGAAGAACACAGUUGACAACCUAUUUAGUACAUUUAGGAGAAUUUUCCUUUCAGUUUUGUAUUCAGUGUUAAACCAGUAAAGCUGAGACAGAACGCAUGGUGGCGCUGCAGGGUAAGGUGAUAAAAAAAGAGACUUGCCUUGAAAACAGUAGCUCCAGUAUCCAGCUAGUUUCACACUGCCUAGAAGCUGCCUGAAGAAUAGCUUUCUCAGCCAGAGCGAAAGUGAGUGUGAAGCCUCUCUAAAACUAUAUUUAGUGACAAAGCUCUGACCUGCGAGGGCUACCAGGAUCUUGGGCAUAUAUGAAGCUCCUGUGAACCCAGCUGUCAGGAAAGAGCAAUGGAGACUGGACGGAGGCACAAUCACAGACAAAGGCAAGUCCUAGUUUUCUUUGUUUGCCUGAGCAUGUCUUGGGGGAGCGCUGAUUUGGGGCCCUAUUCAGUAGUGGAAGAAACAGAGAGAGGCUCCUUUGUGGCAAAUUUAGCAAAAGACCUGGAGUUGGGGUUGACAGAGAUGGCUACUCGAUCGGUCAGGAUCAUUUCCCAGGGGAACAAAGAGCAUCUGCAGCUUAACGUUCAGACGGGGGAUUUGCUCCUAAAUGAGAAGCUAGAUCGAGAGGAGCUAUGCGGUCCAACUGAGCCUUGCAUAUUACAUUUCCAAGUAUUAAUGGAAAAACCUUUAGAGAUAUUCCAGACAGAACUGAGGGUGAAGGACAUCAAUGACCAUUAUCCUGUGUUCAAUGAAAGAGAAAUUAUUCUAAAAAUACCAGAAAACAGUCCUAAAGGAACUGCAUUCCCUCUGAGUAAUGCUCUGGACUUGGAUGUAGGCAGCAACAAUAUUCAGAACUAUACAAUCAGCUCCAACUUCCAUUUCCGGGUUAUAACCCACAAUCGCAGCGAUGGCAGAAAAUACCCUGAGCUGGUGUUGGACAAAGAGCUGGAUCGGGAGGAGGAGCCCGAAAUCUCAUUAACGCUGACAGCGCUGGAUGGCGGCACUCCACCAAGGUAUGGGACAACCCAGGUUCGAAUUGAGGUGAUGGACAUCAACGAUAAUGCCCCUCAGUUUCAGCAGUUGCUCUACAAGGUGAAUAUUCCCGAAAACAGCCCAGUAGGCUCCCUGGUUGUCACUGUUUCUGCGAGCGAUGUAGACAGUGGACUCUAUGGGAAAAUAUCAUACGCAUUCUUUCAGCCUUCUGAAGAUAUUAGUAAAACUUUAGAGGUAAAUCCAAAGACAGGCGAAAUUCGACUGAGAAAACAAGUAGAUUUUGAAACAGUUCUCUUUUAUGAAGUGGAUGUCAAGGCCACUGAUGGGGGCGGCCUCUCAGGAAAAUGCACUCUUCUCCUGCAGGUAGUGGAUGUGAAUGACAAUCCUCCGGAAGUGACAGUAUCUGCACUUACCAGCCCCAUCCCAGAGAACACCCCUGAAAUUGUAGUUGCUGUUUUCAGUGUUUCAGAUCCUGACUCUGGGAACAAUGGGAAAACAACUUCCUCCAUACAAGAUGACCUUCCUUUUCUUCUAAAACCUUCAGUCAAGAACUUCUACACCUUAGUAACGGAGAGAACACUGGACAGAGAGGAAAGAGCCGAGUACAACAUCACGAUCACGGUCACUGACAUGGGAACCCCCAGACUGAAAACCGAGCACAACAUAACCGUGCUGGUGUCCGACGUCAACGACAACGCCCCCGCCUUCACCCAGACCUCCUACACCCUGUGGGUCCGCGAGAACAACAGCCCCGCCCUGCACAUCGGCAGCGUCAGCGCCACAGACACAGACGCGGGCGCCAACGCCCAGGUCACCUACUCGCUGCUGCCGCCGCCCGACCCACACGUGCCCCUCGCCUCCCUCGUGUCCAUCAACCCCGACAAUGGCCACCUCUUCGUCCUCACGUCCCUGGACUACGAGGCCCUGAGGGCCUUCGAGUUCCGCGUGGGCGCCGCCGACCGCGGCUCGCCCGCGCUCAGCAGCCAGGCGCUGGUGCGCGUGCUCGUGGAGGACGCCAACGACAACUCGCCCUUCGUGCUCUACCCGCUGCAGAACGCCUCGGCGCCCUGCACCGAGCUGGUGCCCAGGGCGGCCGAGCCCGGCUACCUGGUGACCAAGGUGGUGGCGGUGGACGGCGACGCGGGCCAGAACGCCUGGCUGUCGUACCAGCUGCUCAAGGCCACGGAGCCCGGGCUGUUCGGCGUGUGGGCGCACAACGGCGAGGUGCGCACGGCGCGGCUGCUGAGCGAGCGCGACGCGCCCAAGCAGCGGCUGGUGGUGCUGGUCAAGGACAACGGCGAGCCGCCGCUGUCGGCCAGCGUCACGCUGCACGUGCUGCUGGUGGACGGCUUCUCGCAGCCCUACCUGCCGCCCCCGGAAGCGGAAGCGGCGGCCGCGGCGCCGGCCGACCCGCUCACCGUCUACCUGGUGGUGGCCUUGGCGUCGGUGUCGUCGCUCUUCCUCUUCUCGGUGCUGGUGUUCGUGGCGGUGCGGCUGUGCAGGAGGGGCGGGGCGGGCUCGGCGGGUCGCUGCCGGGUGCCCGAGGGCCACUUCCCGGGCCACCUGGUGGACGUCAGCGGCACGGGGACCCUGUCGCAGAGCUACCAGUACGAGGUGUGUCUGACAGGAGGAACUGGGACGAAUGAGUUCAAGGUCCUAAAGCAUAUUCUCCCCAAUCUCUCAUCCAAGAGCAUAGGUAGCGAAGUGGAAGAAAACCCCUCGUUUCAGGGUAGCGUUGGAAUUUAAUAAUUCAUAGGAACUUAUUUAAUAAAGACAUUUUCUUCCUAUUUUUUGUUUAAAAUACUACCACCACCAAUAAGGUAGUAUUUAAUUUUCUCUGUUUUGUUUAUCCUCAAUUUCCAACUUUGUUCAACUUCACAAGUUUCCUUUAAUUCAUAUUUCAGUUCAGUGAAGCAUUUCUCACCAGAAUCCCAACGAGUGAAAUAGAUUUUAUCGUCAAAGUUGGUUUUACCACAUUUUCCCCACUUUAUACAUCUUUAUUGACUUUGUGUUUACAUUUAAAUGUCAGCUCUUAAUACUUAAGUUACUAAGAUAAUCUGCUGCAUGUUAUCUGUAUGUUUACUAUUUGAUUUUUUCAAAACUGGUAUUUUGGGUGAUUUGUCAAUCUAGAUUUUCAUUACAGCAAUUUUCUUAAAUUAUGUUACUUUUAAAAACAUUCUCUGUAUUGCCAUUUACUUAUUUAAAAUAUAGUAUUUCUAUUGGGUGAUGUCUCUUAUCUGAAAAUAAGAAACAUGAUUUUAGGAUACUGAGAGUGUGUGUAUAUAUAUAUAUAUGUUUGCAGACAAAAAAAAGCAAAAAUAUCAUUAUUCUAUAGUAUCACAUAGAAAUGUUUAAUAGUUUGUUGCUUUUAAUUUUGUAUGAAAAAAAUCAGAGAUUCCUGUCAAAUUUUUAGGGGCUAACAAUGCAGUCCCAUUCAGGCAAAAAACAAGUCAUCAAGCAGCGGUUUAUACCCUAUGGACUUUAUGUUUAAAAAUUCGAGUGUUU